AUGUAGUCCUGCAUUGAAUAUGGAUGAAUCCGUGGGAAAUAUGGAAAGGAUGGAGUCUACGUUUGUCAUAAUAGGAGGCGGCAUAGCUGGAGUGUCUUGCGCCGAAGGAUUAAGCUUCCUCGCUCCGGAGGAGAGCAUAACUUUAAUUACCGCUAGUCCCUUGGUGAAAGCUGUAACGAAUAUAGUUCCACUGGGCAGAACAUUAAUGCAUUUCGACGUGGAAGAAAAGAGCACGACAAUGUUGAGCGAGAAGCAUAAAAUGUUACGAGUCAUUCAUGAUACCGCGGUUAAAAUCGACACGGUGGGGAAGCUGGUAGAGAUCGGCGGUGGAAAAGUCAUAAGCUUCAAAAUGCUGUGCCUUUGUACCGGCGCGAGACCCAAGCUGAUCGCCAACGGCAACGAUUUCGUUCUAGGUAUUCGCGACACGGAAUCCGUGUUACAAUUUUCUCGCAAGCUUAAGGACGCCAGGAGGGUCCUGGUCGUUGGCAACGGCGGAAUCGCUACCGAGAUCGUGCACGAAGUUAAGGGCGUUGAAAUGAUUUGGGUGAUCAAGGACAAGCAUAUCUCCGCAACUUUUGUCGACCCUGGAGCCGCGGAAUUCUUUUUAGAUAAGAUCUCGAGAUCCGAUGUACCGGGAAACCUUGAUAAAAAUUUGCCCACCAAAAGAAUGAGAUACGUUGUGUCGGAUAACGCGUCGGUUGAAAACGGGGCUGCUCUUGGCCCGGAUUGGCAUAAUAGCUUCGAUAUGGGCCGCGCGCGUUUUACGCCUACGAACGUCCAGGUAGAGUACGAGUGCGAGAUAUCGAGAUUACUCACUUGCGACGAACGAAAACAGUUUGAUCCUACGGAAGAGUGGCCGGUUUACGCGCAUCUGACAAAUGGCAAGAUUAUUGGGUGCGACCUUAUUAUCUCGGCAACAGGUGUUACCCCAAAUUCCGACAUAUGCGGGUUAGAAGAGCUCGAACGUGGCGAGGAUGCUGGAUUGUUAGUGGAUUGGAAGCUGGAGACGUCGAAGAAGGAUGUCUACGCUGCCGGAGACGUGUGUACCGUCGGCUGGCCGAAGGUAAAACAUUGGUUUCAGAUGAGACUGUGGACGCAGGCUCAUCAGAUGGGUCGCUACGCCGCUAAGGCGAUGGUCUCGAAUUUAAGAUGCGAGGAAUUCCUGCAAGACUUUUGCUUCGAACUUUUCACUCACGUGACCAAAUUUUUCUCCUACAAAGUUGUGUUACUCGGUUUGUACAACGGGCAGACGUUGGGAAAGAAUUACGAGAUACUUUUGCGAAUUACCAAGAAUCAGGAGUAUGUGAAGAUUGUUCUGCAGGACGGCAAAAUGCAGGGUGCAGUGCUCAUUGGGGAAACAGACUUGGAGGAGAUGUGUGAAAACUUGAUACUUAAUCAGUUGGAUUUAAGUAUGUAUGGCGAAGAUUUGUUAAAUCCUGACAUCGACAUUGAAGAUUAUUUCGACUGAUAUACUAUUAACUUUUUAAUAAACACACACAUAUAUCAA